UGUAUCUUUAGAAAGUGGCGAUAGUCUGAACGGUGAUUGUUGGAAAGAUGUCUGUGAACACCAGUCAGGGACAAAAUCCCCUAAGAAGACAAACAGGAAGGAGGUGAUCAACACACCUGGGGACAAAAUGGAACAUAAUGACUUCACUGUAACCGAUGCAGGAUGUGAAAUGAAAAAUCAGUGCUUGGAGUGUGGGAAAAUAUUUGGCACAAAGUCACAAUUGAUGAUACACAUUAGAAUUCACACAGGAGAGAAACCAUUUGAUUGUUCAGUGUGUGGAAAGAAGUUUACACAAAAAUCCAACUUACUUUCUCACAUGAAGCUCCACACCGGGGAAAAAUCAUUUAGUUGUUUCGUCUGCGGUAAAAGAUUUGCUCAGAACUCAAAUUUAAUUAAUCUGAAAAUGCAUACAGAACAGAAAGCAUUCUGCUGUUCAGAAUGUGGUAAAAAAUUUGCUUUUAAAUCGGGCUUAAUUCAUCACAUGAAAUGCCACACAGGGGAAAAACCUUUCAGCUGCUCGGUUUGUCAGAAAAGUUUCAUCUAUGAACGUGUUCUGCGGUUACACAUGGUGAGUCACACGGGAGAGAAGGCCUUCGCUUGUUCAGAAUGCGGUAAAAAGUUUGGCCUCAAGUCGAAUUUGCUUCGUCACAUGAAAGGUCACACGGGACAGAAACCGUACAGUUGUUCAGUUUGUCAGAAACAGUUCAGACAGAAAAGCGAUGUUCAGAUCCACAUGAAGAUCCACACGAGAGAGAAGACGACACAUUCAGGUGCAGAAGACGACAAGUAGAACUCCAACACGAGAAAAGGAUACAGUUAAUACGUGCUUCACCGGGUGAUGUGCAGUAGGCCAGCUGUUGCCAUGGUAACAGCAACACUCACUUGACCUGCAAUUGCCGACAUCCUAAGAUUAUGUCUGAUACAUUCAACUCUGCCUGGAAAUCUCUUUAAAAGCUUUUCUUUUCUUUUUUUUUUUAGAAAAUCGUUAUAAUUUAUAAUUUAAUCUAUUCUUUUUCCGUUAAAGCUGCUAUUAUUAUAUUAUUUCACCUCUAUGUGACUGUAUCUUUGAUGCCUCCAUAACUAAAGCCUUUUAUUAUUAUUAUUAUUAUUAUAAUUAUUGUUUAGGUGAAAGGUGAUGAGCUGAUUUUAUGCUAUUACCAAAAAGUAACAGUGUAAAAGAAACACUACAACAAUGGGGCAAAUGGUGCAAAAAAACCCAGAAAUUAUGUUAAAAAACAAAAAAAAAACAAACAAAA